AUGGGCCAAGACCAAACAAAGCACCAAAUCGAGAAAGGCUUGCGUCUGUACCAAUCAAAUGAGACAGCUAAAGCCCUUGACAUCUGGAAGCGAGUCUUGGAAAAGAGUACCGACCUCCCUGGAAGGUUCCGGGUGUUGGGCUGCCUCAUCACGGCCCACUCUGAGAUGGGUAAAUACGCAGAGAUGAAGAAAUUUGCUGUCGCGCAGAUUGAUGUGGCCCGCGAGAUCGCCGACUCUGACUAUGUCACGGAGUCUUACCUGAACCUGGCACGGAGCAAUGAGAAGCUGUGUGACUUUACCAAGACCGUCAACUAUUGCAAGACCUGUUUGAGCAUGCAGGGCACCACCGUGGGUUUGCAGCUCAAUGGCCAGGUAUGCCUCAGCAUGGGCAAUGCCUACCUGGGCCUCAGUUCCUUCCAGAAGGCACUGGAGUGCUUUGAGAAGGCCCUGCGCUAUGCUCACAGCAACGACGACAAGAUGUUGGAAUGCCGAGUGUGCUGCAGCCUGGGCAACUUCUACAUCCAGCUCAAAGACUACGAGAAGGCUCUCUUCUUUCCCUGUAAGGGGGCCGAACUGGUCAGUGAUUAUGGGAAGACUUGGAGCUUGAAAUAUAAAGCCAUGAGCCAGUACCACAUGGCAGUGGCUUAUCGCAAACUGGCACGUUUAGAGGACGCCAUGGAAUGCUGUGAGGAAUCAAUGAAGAUUGCCAUACAGCACCGGGAUCGACCUCUGCAGGCCCUCUGUCUGCUGUGCUUUGCUGACAUCCAUCGACAUCACGCUGACACUCUGAAGGCUCUACCCCGUUACGAUUCCUCGCUGAAUAUCAUGGCCGAAAUUGGCAACCGUCUGGGGCAGGCACAGGUUCUUUUGGGAAUUGCCAAGUGCUGGUUCAUUCAGAAGGAGCAGGACAAGGCCCUCAAGGUUGUGGAGAAAGCUGGAGAACUAGCUGAAGCUGUGGGCAACAAGCUAUAUAUGCUGAAGGCACACAGUUUAAGUGAGACAAUCUAUCGAGUGAAGGGCUCCCAGCGGCUUCUGCGAGAACAUGUUGUUAAAUUCCAUGAAUGCAUGGAAGAUAUGGAGUUGUACUGCGGGAUGUGUGGAGAUUCCAUUGGAGAUAAGAACUCACAGCUCCAGGCACUGCCAUGCUCCCAUCUUUUCCACCUAAAAUGCUUUCAAAACAGUGGAACGCGAGGCUGUCCAAACUGUAGGCGGUCUGCCAUGAAGCCUGGCUAUGUGUGACUGGGACAACACGGGGAAUUCUUGCCCAAUCCAAUCAUUAACAAACAGCCAUGGAUUCUGAAAGUGAUACAAACCCAGAAACAACUCUUUAAGGAGCCACUUUUGACUGAGUUGACCUUGCUAAGGGUCUGUUAACAUCCAAUGGCUCGAGCUGUGAACAGUGAAUGGAUGGGGGUCAAGAUGACAGA